AUGAAGAUUGUGAAUGUUGAGUCAACAUUCAACAUUCACAAUCUUCAUUUUUUUUUAUAUGAAACAUUUAUUUUGAUUCCUAGGCAAACACCCAUCCAAUUUGGUUUACAAUUUUUCAAAUUUGGGGGAAAAAGAGAUUAUGAUGAGGCUUGUGAAGAUUGGGAUCCCUCAAUAGGAGUUGACCAAACAAAUGGUAAUAGUAAUUUUAAUAAUGAAUUCUCAAAUAAUGGAAUUGAUUCAAGUAAUGGUAAUUUCAAUCAAUUCAAUACUAAUACUAAUAACAAUAAUAAUAAUAAUAAUAAUAAUAUUAAUAGUAAUUUAAAUAAUGGUUUAAAUAUUAAUAGUAAUAAUAAUAAUAAUAAUAAUAAUAAUAAUAAUCUAAUUAACAAUAGUAAUAAUAAUAAUAAUAAUAAUAACAAUUCAUUAUCAACUAGUUUAUCAAAUAAUUCAGUACCAUUAACAAUAUCAAGUAAUAAUCAAAAUUCUUUAGUUCCAUCUAAUAAUAAUAAUAAUUCAACCAACAAUAAUAACAAUAAUAAUAAUAAUAAUAAUAAUUCAACAACCAAUAACACAAGUACAACUACAACCACAGGAUCAACAUCAACAUCAAUUACAACGACAACUACAAGUGGUACCAGUAAAAAAGGUGAAAGAAAGCGUACUAAAUUUCCAGAGGAAGAAGUUAAAGUUUUAUGUGAUUUGGUUAUAUUAUUUGGAAAAGAUGUUAGAACCAUACUGACAUUUAAACCAUUUAGUGGCGGAAAGUAUUCAGAAAGACAAAUCUAUGAUAAAGUGCGUGCAUUGAAAAGAACUGGUUUAGUACCAACUAAUCCAACAUCUGAUGAUAUUAAAAAAUCUAGAUUUGAUUUGGGUAUUGCUGAUAAUGUUGAUAUUCAAUCUUUGAAAAGUACUAAAAAAGGAAGACUUUCAAAUUAUGUUUCAAAUAGUUCACAAUCUUCUGAUUCUGAUUAUUCAUCUUCUGAUCAUGAAGAUGAUGAUUAUAUACCAAAUUCAACUUUAUCAUCUUCCUCAACUUUACCAAUUCCUUCAAAUCCAAAUUCAAAUAAACGUUUAAUUAUAUCACGUAAUCCUAAUCAGUUAAGUUCAACAAAUGUAAAUAAUAAUAUUAAUAAUAGUGGUGGUAGUAGUAAUAAUAAUAAUAAUAGUAAUAGUAUAAAUAAUAAUAAUAAUAAUAAUAUAAAUAAUAUAAAUAAUAAUAAUAAUAAUAUUAAUAAUAAUAAUAGUAAUAAUAAUAAUAAUAAUAAUAAUAAUAUUAACAAUAAUAAUAAUAGUAAUAAUAGUAAUAGUAUUCAUAAUAAUAAUAAUAAUAGUAAUAAUAAUAAUAAUAAUAAUAAUAAUAAUAAUAAUAAUAAUAAUAAUAAUAAUAAUAAUAAUAAUAAUAUUAUUAAUAGUAAUAGUAAUAAUAAUAAUAAUAAUUCAAAUGGUAAUAUUACACCAACAACACCAGUAACAAGUAGUCGUAGAAGUAUUCAAAUUUUACAAGAAAAUGCAAAUCAUUUAAUUUCACAAAUUCAAAAUCAAAUGUCAACAACUCCACCAAUUACACCGACAUCUCAUCAUAAUGCAAUUCCAAUUCAAUCAUUAUCAAACGAAAUAAUCAAUACACCCUCAAGAACACGUGAGAGGGAUAGAAUAGAAAAAGAAAAGGAAAAAUUGGAAAAAGAAAGACUUGAAAAAUUGGAACAAAAAGAAAAAGAGAGAUUGGAAAAAUUGGAGAAAAAGAAUCAACAAAAAUUAUUAGAACAACAAAAAGAACAACAACAAAAAGAACAACAACAACAACAAAAACAACAAAAAAAUAAUCGCCAUCAUCUUGAUUUAACAGAUGAUGAGGAUGAGGAUGAUGAUGAAAAUUCAUUAAAAAGUGAUAACUCAAAUAAUGAAAAAGAUGUAAAUUUAAGUAAUAAUAGUAGUAAUAAAGGUAGUGGUAAAUUAAAUUUAACUGGUAAUAGUGUUUUUGAUUAUUACUCAACUGGUCAUAAUUUAUCAUUAUAUAAAUCAAUAAAAACAAGUCCAUCUUCAAUGGUAACAAUACCAUCACCAUCCUCUUCAUGUUCAUCAACCAGUAGUAUUAUUGGUUCAAGUAGUAGUAGUGGUGGUGGUGGCGGAAGUAGUGGUGUUAUAGGUAUAAGUAGUAAAUAUAAUUAUUCAUUUAAUCCAUUCACAACAACUUCAAUAACAUCAUUAUUACCUACAACUGUAAAUAGUAAUUCAAAUAGUAGUGGUAAUGGUAGUAGUAAUAAUAGUACACCUAUUGUUAAUGUAAUCUCUACUUCAAAUUCAAAUUCAAAUUCAAAUAGCUUCUUUAAAUAUGAAACCGAUAAUAACCUCUUUAUAUAUUAUCCAUUUUUUAAUCAAAAUACAAAUUCAAAUAAUUAUACUUUUGAAAGAGAUUUAUUAACACUUACUGUAGAGGUACCUUCAAUUUUUGAUUGGAUAAAGGAUAAACAACCACAAAAUAUUGAUAAAAAAAUUAAAAUUGAAUUUCCACAUCCAGGUAAAAAUUAUGGACCACCAAGAAAAGUAAACAAAUUACCUGAAGGUAUAAAUGGUGUUGGUUUUAUUUUUGAAAAGAUUAAGCAAGGAAGUGUUGAUUUUGAUAUUUCAAUAUUAUAA